AUGGGAGAAUACAGGCUCCAGAAGUUAAGGAAUGCAGUUGAUUAUUGUGCUGUUAACUCUUCGGUAUUAAGAGGCAAGUUUAAAGCUAAAUUCCUUUAUCUGUCUCUUACAGCAGCUACAGAGGUUCAAUAUGCCUCUGCUGUUUGGCAUCAUCUUUGUGUCCCGAAACAUAGAUUCAUUUCUUGGCAAAUGAUAAAUGAUCAUCUUCUUACUCGUGAUAAUCUAGGAAAAAUCAUGGAGCUUCCUUCGUAUCUUUGCCUGGUUUGUGAGUGUUUCAACGAGUCCCACCAGCACCUUUUCUUUGACUGCUCUUUCACUAAGAACCUUCAACAAGCAGUUAGUUCUUGGUCCGGUUUACAGGGCUGGCCUCUUACCAUGGUAGCCUGGAAGAGUUGGUGCUCUAAUGUUGGUUCAGAUCUGAAGAAGCUGGUUUGGAAUGCUAUUAUUUCAGCAGUGAUCUACUCGGUCUGGUGUAACAGGAAUAGAUGUCUGUUUGAUCUGUGUUGUAGCUCAGUGUUGGUAGUUAGCUCCUCUAUUAAAACUACUAUCAAAGCUAGAGUUAAGACUAUUACUUCUGAUUGCUACUGUUAG